AUGUUUCCGAAAGCCAUAUCUCAAACCUUUCAUCUGGAGGUGGAGCGCAAGUUUUGCGGGCUUGCAGUCACAGAUCUUACCCUUCACGUCGGGAACCCACCAUUCUGGAGCAUCCAGUCACAGGGCCAGCGCAUGUUCAAGGACACUUAUUUCGAUCGGGCUGGACUUCUCGCGGCGGCAGGUGUAUGGAUCAGGCUACGCAAUGGGCAAUGGGAAGCUAAAGUGAGAAAGGGUGGCGACUUCCAAAAUUCGAGGUUCGAGGAGCUGUCUGAUGCUCGCAAAAUUGGGGAGCAAGUACACACUAUUACAGGACAAGUAGGCAGCGAGCGCGAAUUUUUUGGCCUCAAUCGUGUUGCAAACAUGUGCACGACAAGAAGAACGUGGCUGGCGGACGAGAGGUUCACGAUUGUGCUCGACACAAUGGACUUUGGGCAUGAGGUCGGCGAGGUCGAGCUGCAGUCAGAAGUCCAUCUCGCUUAUACCGGCCAGGCGCUAGAGGACCACAAGCAGAUGGCAAUGCAGCAGAUGGAUAAAGAGAUUGUCGCUUUCAUGGAACGUUAUCGGUGGGCGUUUGCUGCUGGUGUGCCAAUAGGAAAGCUGACAGCCUACUUCCAACGCGACGCCGCAGGCAAGUUGUAG